AGCGUUCCAUUUGGCCAGCGGUGGGCGGUAGCCACAGCUGGUUCAGGGCCCGGACCAGUGGGGCCCCUUGUCAGGAGGAGGCAGCCUCCGGGCUGGGGAGAAGUCGCUGCCACUUCUGGCGGCUGACGUGGUUCCCUGGGACAGUCCACUUCCUGCCCUCAGUUCCCGGCCGAGUUCUGUCUCCCGGGUUCAGGCCCGGCUCCCCUUCCUGGUCUCCCUUCUCCCGCAGGGCCGGUCUGUCAGGAGGAGAUGGUUUUCCAGGGCUAGAAAUUGGACUUUUGAUGAUGUUUGACCCAGCAGCAGCAAUAGCAGGCAACGUGACUUCAAAGCUGGGCUCAGCUUCUCUUCCUUCCCUCUUGUAAUCAGAGAGCCCAUUUUGGACCAGGAGUUCCAAUCAUGUCUGUGAUGGUGGUGAGAAAGAAGGUGACACGGAAAUGGGAGAAACUCCCAGGCAGGAACACCUUCUGCUGUGAUGGCCGAGUCAUGAUGGCCCGGCAAAAGGGCAUCUUCUAUUUGACCCUCUUCCUUAUCCUGGGAACGUGUACACUCUUCUUCGCCUUUGAAUGCCGCUACCUGGCUGUCCAGCUGUCUCCUGCCAUCCCUGUGUUUGCUGCCAUGCUUUUCCUUUUCUCCAUGGCUACACUGUUGAGGACCAGCUUCAGUGACCCUGGAGUGAUUCCUCGGGCCCUACCAGAUGAAGCAGCUUUCAUAGAAAUGGAGAUAGAAGCUACUAAUGGUGCGGUGCCCCAAGGCCAGCGACCACCCCCUCGUAUCAAGAAUUUCCAGAUAAACAACCAGAUUGUGAAGCUGAAAUACUGUUAUACAUGCAAGAUCUUCCGGCCUCCCCGGGCCUCCCAUUGCAGCAUCUGUGACAACUGUGUGGAGCGCUUCGACCAUCACUGCCCCUGGGUGGGGAAUUGUGUUGGAAAGAGGAACUACCGCUACUUCUACCUCUUCAUCCUUUCUCUCUCCCUCCUCACCAUCUAUGUCUUCGCCUUCAACAUCGUCUAUGUGGCCCUCAAAUCCUUGAAAAUUGGCUUCCUGGAGACAUUGAAAGAAACUCCUGGAACCGUUCUAGAAGUGCUCAUUUGCUUCUUCACACUCUGGUCCGUUGUGGGACUGACUGGAUUUCACACUUUCCUCGUGGCUCUCAACCAGACAACCAAUGAAGAUAUCAAAGGCUCAUGGACAGGGAAGAAUCGUGUCCAGAAUCCCUAUAGCCAUGGCAACAUUGUGAAGAACUGCUGUGAAGUGCUGUGUGGCCCCUUGCCCCCCAGUGUGCUGGAUCGAAGGGGUAUUUUGCCACUGGAGGAGAGCGGAAGUCGACCUCCCAGUACUCAAGAGACUAGUAGUAGCCUCUUGCCACAGAACCCAGCCCCAACAGAACAUCUGAGCUCAAAUGAGAUGCCAGAGGACACCAGCACUCCUGAAGAGAUGCCACCCCCAGAACCCCCAGAGCCACCACAGGAGAUGACUGAAGCUGAGAAGUAGCCUAUCGAUGGAAGAGACUUUUGUUUGCAUUUAAUUAGGGCUGUGAGAGAUUUAAGGGGAGAAGAUAAGCCUGAGACAGAGAGCAAGUAAGAUGUCCUUUUUAUUGUUUUCAUUUGGUCUUAAAUGUAUAAUUCAGUGGCACUAAGUAUAUUCAUGACACACUGGCAUUUUCUUGCUGCAAGCUUUUUUAUUUCUGGACUUAAGGCACGACGCAAGAUGUCAGUCACCUCUGGUAACUGGACAAAUGGGUCUCUUGGGCCCGGGCCCUGGUUUCCCAUGGCCUCAGCCACAGAGUCUCCUUGGACUCCCCUCUCUACUCUCCAGAUCUCAGCUCUCCUGCUUGGGGUCACUGGUCCACUUAUGGGGUUAAAGGUUCUUGAGACUGGCUCACAUCCUUUCAAGCCACUGUGUGUCACAAGUGCAGACGUAAUCACAGAGAACUCAGGCCAGGCAACCCUACCUGAAUUCUUGGGGUUUCAGAACCAACGAGGGUAGAGAGUGGGAUCAGGGAUUCUCCUGGCUACACAGUGCCAACAUUGCCAGCAAACCUUUCAGGAAUGGGGCAGGUACCUUCCACUUGUUGUUUUUAUUCGUGUAACUUCUCCUUUGUCCCCUGUCCACUCUCUUACACCCCAGCCCUACUCUUUUCCAAUUGGAUGUAUGUAAGUAAUUGCAGUAGCGAUAACAAUUUACAUUUCUUGUAGACUACCAGAAACUUGUUAAUACCUGUGCCAUUCUCAAUAAGAAUUUAUGAGAUGCCAAUGGCAUGGCCCCUCACACUCUUUGUCUUAUCUCUCCUCCUUGCUCAUUAGCCCCUUUUAAUUUGUUUUCCUUUUGACUCUUGCUCCCAUUCAGAGCAGGAAUGGCAGUAAUAAAAGUCUGCACUUUGGUGGUUCCUUUUCCUCAGAGGAAGCCCAAGUGCUCACUUAAACACUAUCCCCUCAGACUCCCUGUGUGAGGCCUGUCAAGGCCCUGAAUGCACAAAUGGGGAAACCAAGGCACAGAGAGGCUCUCCUCUCCUUUCCUCUCCCCUUAUGUCCCCUCAAAAAAGUAAAAAAAAAAGGAUAACCAGUACUUCCUUUAGGCCUCGGCUGAGUGAGGAGGGAAAGCCCAGCACUGCGGCCCUCCCGGGUAAACCCACUCCAAGGCCUUGGCCCACCUCGGGCUUGGUAACCACACUGGGGUUUCCUCCAAGCCCCACUCUUCCAGCACUUCCACCGGCAGAGUCCCAGAGCCACUUCACCCUGGGGGUGGGCUGUGGCCCCCAGUCAGCUCUGCUCAGGACCUGCUCUAUUUCAGGGAAGAAGAUUUAUGUAUUAUAUGUGGCUAUAUUUCCUAGAGCACCUGUGUUUUUCUCUUUCAAAGCCAGGGUCCUAUCUGGUGGACUUAUGGGUGGGGGGAAGUGUAAACCAGAACUUUUACUCUAUUUGAAGGUGAUUAAACUGUAUCUAAUGCAAACUGCCUGCCUCCUCCUUCCCCCUUCCAUUUCAAGAAUCACCAUUAGGGUGUGAAUGCCUUUGUUUGGGGGUGGGGUGGGGGUUUGUUGAAGGGGUUGCUUGUUAUUACGCAUACGUCCAUUUUCCAGGACACCCUUGGGUUGGAGAGAUAGCUCCCAAACUCUCCACUGAUCUAUACUACAUUCUGGGCUGAAGUUUUACCUUAUUCUGGACUAUGAAGAAAGAAUUCUCAAGGCAGUAUUCAGUGCUAGUAAGAUUGGGAGGGCUGGGGGUGGGUUAUAUUUACUUACGAAAACAAGGUCUUAUUAGGAUAUUGUUUUUAUGCAGAGGGAUGCUGUUAACUGAAAAUGAGUCUUGGUUAUUAAAGCAAGCUCAUCAGGGCCUCCUCUUGGAAAUAUUUUUUUAGUGAUCUUUUAAAAGUGAUGGAGUAUCUUUCUUUUUAAAUGGUCUGUAAUCAAGACUCCUGACCAGUCAAUGCAUAUAUCAGUCUUCCCAGUUAAUCAGAAUUAAUGAAAUUUGACUGCUUCCAGAUUUUCCUCUAUGCCUUCCUUUUUUUCUUGUAGCCAAUUGCAGUUUAGUAGUCCUGAGAAAGGAGAGACAGAGGCAGAAACACCAACUCUGCCCGACUCAGAUCCUCUCCUAUCUGCUUCUGCUUGCCCAUUCUUUUUCUGGCUCUCUCAGGUUUGUCCUUGUAGUUGGAUUUUUAGUUAGUUCAAAAUAAGGCCAAGCCUGGAGAGUUUAGAAGUUUAUUAGAUUUUUCUGGUUAUCCUGCCAGUCAGAUGAACCUCUUUUUAGUCAGUGCUCAGUCUAUCCUGUCUCAGCCCAUCUCUCUUGGGUUAGGACAGAUUUCUCUUCUCCCUCAGCUUACCUCAACCUCUCUUCUUUUGACCCUUUGGUCAGUCAGAGACACUUUCUCUUUCUGAGGUGAAGGGCCAAAAUGGAAAAUCCCUAAUCUCUAGUAUGAAGUAAUUUUAUCAAGUUUAUGCUUUUCCAUACUCCCUGCCCUUCUUCUUUUCCUUUAUAAAUCUUCUGUAUUUAAGACCUUGGCCUGAAGAUCUGUCCCAUUUAUAUUAUGUGCUGGGACUGUUCCUAUUCUGAGUUCUGAUCAGAGGGGAGAUUGAAGAAUUUGUCCUUCCCAGGGGAAUAGGCCUUAAAUUGUUUGCUCUUUUCAAUGGCUGACAUUCUUUCCACCUCUCCUCUUCCUCUCCAUUCCUCAAGUUUCCUAUGCACCCCACUUCCCCAGGCCAGGAUGGUUGGCAUGGAUCCAAAACCUCUGGUUGGAUUGGGAGGGACGUGGUUGCACUAUUUGGGGCCAUUUUUGCAUGUUCAUUCAGCUCUGGGGCCCUCCUUGUCCUAGCAGAGAGCAUCGUAUCCCCCUUUGCUUUUUCCUCAGUGACAGAGGUGGGUUCUAAUUCUAGAGCAGCUGAAUUCCUUUCUUCCUGCCCUGACCUUCCUGCCUUUAUCCCUAAUGCUCCUUUUCCUACUGACCAAAUCUCUUUACCUUUUGGGGGAAAAAAAGUAUUUUGUUUUUAAAUCUAUUUUCUAACUUAAAUGCAAUUUAAUAUGUAAAUUUCUGCACUUUUGCGUGAGCCUAUAGAUGUGUGUGGGUGGUGGGUUUUUCACUCUCUGGUAUUUCUUAAUAAAGAAAUCUUUCUCUUUGAGGGGAAGCCAGCUAAUGAAGGAGACUUGAAUGGUUUUAGAAAUACAGGGGUGUCUAUUCCUUUGUGCUUCUGCCUCAUUUCUUUACUUGUGCCUAGUGUGAGUGACCAGCCCCUCCCCCACCUUUUGACCCCCUUAUUUUGAGAGGGCCUUCAGCUUAGUGGGGCAGAGAGAGGGACCUGUCCUGUGUUUUGGUACCCCUCUGGGACCACUUGGAUUGGCUCAAGUAGUAACCUAGCAACUUAGCCCCCUCCCUCUCCCCAUAGCCUGGGCCUGUGAGUUCUUUUCUUCCAGCUCUGUUCAUUUUAUACUCCUGAGGUUGGGGCCAGCCUAGGGAAAAAUCACCAAGGGAUCACAGUAAAUGGUUUUAAAAAUUGAUAAUUUGCUCUUGUGCCUUGGUGCUAAUAAAGAAGAGCUGUGCUUCUAAUAAUUCAAAAAGCAUUUGUGUCAGUUUUGUGAAUACAUUCUAGGAGUUGCUUGCUAUUCUUAGGCAAUAAAUCUUAGAAUUAGUAUCAAAGGCUAAAACUAUGCAUAUCAUUAGUUUUAAAAGAUGCAAGCCCAACUCACAAAAAAAGGAUUCAUUGUGGCUUUCUUGUUUUGGGUAAAUAUGAAAGGGUAAUGGAAACUACCACUCUGCAUCUGUGAACUUUUGAAUGUCCUAUAGGAUGUCAUUGUAGGUCAAAAAACCCAGUGUAAUUAGCUGGGCCUAAUUAUUUUACAAAUAAACAAAAUGUGUUUUUACAGUUUUAAUGUAUACACUGAAUUUCCAAGAAUGCAACAAUUGUGUAAACUGGGGGAAAAUGGUACUUUUUUUGUUCAAAACUUUACCAAGAGUUGUGACUUUUGAAAGUCAUGUCCCCAACAGCAAUGUCGUACCAUUCAUGGAUUUUUGAGUUGCCAGUACAGUGUCCCUGUAUCAGCCUUCCUUUGUAGCAGUUGCCUUCAUGGUGAAUCUGCAUAAGUAAGUGGAAGCAUCUGAUGACUUUAGUAUAUUUUUCGGUACAGUCUUGCCCAGAAUUUGUACAUUGAAUGACUUAUCUUAUGACCUACUUUCCUUUUACUUCUCCUUUACAUUAUAAUUAGUGUAUUACAUUGCUAUUCUGGAAAUUAUGUGUAUAAGCAGGUUAUAUUAACUAUGAAAUUCAUUUCAGGGUGGCAAAGGUACAUUACAAAAUAUUGUAUAUACCAAGGGAGGAUUGGGGCUGACAGGGUUGAGAACCAUUGGACUAGAUUAUUGUAAAGGUCCCUUUCUACCUGAAGUAUUUGGAAAACUUAGAGAGAAAAUAAACAAAUA